AUGAUACCAAAUAUAGGAAGAAGGGUGUUUCUGUUCUUAAAAGUUGAACUUAUUGAAAAGUUCCAUCCCGUUUUCUUUGUUUCAUUUUUAGGAACAGGUAUCACAGGAAACAUUCUUUAUGGGUUUCCUUAUCCAGCACAAUGGUUAGAAGUCCUUGGUAUAAUUUUAUUUUGUCUAACAGUGUCAUUAUUUGUACUAGUGACAAUCCUCUUGAUUGUUUCUUGGAUUUACUAUCCGCUGAGGAUAUACCGAUAUCACAUAGAUCCAACAUUAUCUAUAUAUUUUGCAGUAUACUCUAUGGGAUAUAACACAAUUAUAAAUGGGAUACACUUGAUCACCCAUGGAAAAUACCCUAUUUUUUUGUGGACACUCUGGUGGAUUGGAGUUGCAAUUGCUUUGUAUAAUGCCAUCUUUAUUUUUUUCAUAUCAUUUUUAUCAAAACUAAAUAAGCAUAAUCUCGAUGCAAUCAGUGGGGUAGCUUUGAUGCCUGUUGUGUGUCCAAGUGUAGUUUCAUCUUCGGGUCACUUGAUAGCUGUGAAUUUACCCAACUCUAAUUUGAAGAAAAUUACAGAGAUUACAUGUUUAAUGUUGUUGUUUGUUUCGUUGGUUUGCUUCCACGGAGUGGGGGGCUUGUAUAUGGCCAGACUAAUUCUUAGGAAAAUACCGCCAACAGACCAUAUAUUUUCACAAUUUCUACCUGUUGGUUUCACGGGCCAGUGUAGUUACAGUAUAAUGUUAUUUGGUGCUAAUAUGCUUGCUUUCAUUCCAGAUAAAACACUAGGGCUGAUGUUUUUCGUAUCAUCAGCACUUCUUUCGGGUUGUUUACUAGCAGGUGGCUAUGUAUACUUAUUCCUUGCUAUUGCAUCUGUCUUGUCAAAAAUAAGACCAUUUGCCAAACAUCCAAAUCCAAAACAUACUAGCAGCAAAUUAGGGUUGAUUACAUGGAAUAGAGGGUUUUGGGUAAUGACAUUCCCAAUAGGUACAAUGUCAUUAGCUAAUUUUGAGAUUUCAAAAGGGCUAGAUGGUCAAUACAAAUUGGGGUUUUUUAAAGUAAUGAGCGCCAUUUUUGGGGUUUGUUUAUUUAUGAUCUGUCUAGCGAAUCUUGUUGGAUUGUCCUGGUGUAUAGUGCAAAAGAUCAAACAAGAAUAUCUGCAGCACAAAGUUGAUACAUCAAUUAUAGAAGUCGAGAGUAAAGUAUAA